AUGCUUGUCGGAGGCGUGAUAAGAGCCUUUCCAAAUAUGAAGACAUCACAAAAACUCCUGCUGAUCUGCGCCCUCGUAGCCGCCGUGGCCGCCGACGUGAGCCACCUGCCCUCCAACCAGUACCUGCCGCCCACCCACUACGCCGCCUCGGCUCCUGUGGCCUCCUACUCGGCUCCUGCUGAGUCCAGCUACUCGGUGGCUGCCUCUGCUCCUGCUGUGAGCUACUCCGCUCCUGCCCAGACCUACACCGCUGCUGCCUCGGCUCCAGCUGUGUCCUACUCUGCUCCUGCUGCCACCUACACCGCUGCUGCUUCUGCUCCAGCUGUGUCGUACGCUGCUCCUGCUGCCUCUUACUCUGCCCCUGCUGCUACUUACACCGCUGCUGCCUCUGCUCCAGCUGUGUCCUACGCCGCUCCUGCUCAGAGCUACUCCGCUCCUGCCCAGACCUACACCGCUGCUGCCUCUGCCCCAGCUGUGUCCUACGCCGCUCCUGCCCAGAGCUACUCUGCUCCUGCUGCUACUUACACCGCUGCUGCUUCUGCUCCAGCUGUGUCCUACUCUGCCCCCGCCCAGACCUACACCGCUGCCGCUUCUGCCCCAGCUGUGUCCUACUCCGCCCCGGCUGAGAGCUACGAGACCGCUGCCUCCGAGCCCGCCCACACCUUCUCCUCCAGCGAUGGAUACCGCUACAAGACCCAGAAGCGCGUUGUGCUGCGUCGUCACCGUCGUGAUGUGAGCCACCUGUCCAGCGAGUACCUGCCCCCAGUCCAGGGAGCCGCCUCCGCACCCAGCAACGAGUACCUGCCCCCAGCAGCCUCUGCCCCAGCUCCAGUCUACUCUGCUCCCGCUCCGGCUGCCUCUGCCCCAGCUGUGUCUUAUGCCGCUCCUGCUCAGAGCUACUCCGCUCCUGCCCAGACCUACACCGCUGCUGCCUCCGCCCCAGCUGUGUCCUACUCCGCCCCGGCUGAGAGCUACGAGACCGCUGCUUCGGCCCCCGCCCACUCCUUCUCCGCCAACGAUGGAUACCGCUACAAGACCCAGCGUCGCGUGGUCCUCCGUCGUCACCGUCGUGAUGUGAGCCACCUGCCAUCCAACGAGUACCUGCCCCCAGCAGCCUCUGCCCCAGCUCCAGUCUACUCUGCUCCUGCCCCAACCUACACCGCCGCUGCUUCUGCUCCAGCUGUGUCCUACGCUGCUCCUGCCCAGAGCUACUCUGCUCCUGCUGCCACCUACACCGCCGCUGCUUCUGCUCCAGCUGUGUCCUACGCUGCUCCUGCCCAGAGCUACUCUGCCCCAGCCCAGACCUACACCGCUGCCGCUUCUGCCCCAGCUGUGUCCUACUCCGCCCCUGCCGAGAGCUACUCCGCCCCCGCUGAGAGCUACGAGACCGCUGCUUCUGAGCCCGCCCACACCUUCUCCUCCAACGAUGGAUACCGCUACAAGACCCAGCGUCGUCGCGUCAUCCGCCGCCACCGUUACUAG